UUCAUAAUUUUCUCCUCAAUGUUCUCUUAAUUAACCCAUUAAGCACAAUCCUAGCUUUAUAGGACAUUACUGUGUAGGAAAAUGACUAAGUUUUUGGUGUUGCUGUGUCUGCUAUUCUUAGCUGCUUCAGGGUUUGUCAAUGGCUCUGUCAAGAAGGAGAAGGACCCUAUUAGGUUCUUUGAGCUCAAGAAAGGUGACAUUUCUUUAAAGGUCACCAACUGGGGUGCAACACUUGUAUCCCUAGUCCUUCCUGAUAAGAAUGGAAAGUUGGGUGAUAUUGUUCUUGGAUAUGAUUCCAUCAAGGCUUACAUGAAUGAUACAACAUAUUUUGGAGCUACUGUUGGACGGGUUGCUAACAGAAUUGGAGGAGCUAAGUUUACUCUAAAUGGAAUCCAUUACAAAUUAAUUGCUAAUGAAGGAAACAACACACUUCACGGUGGACCUAAAGGAUUUAGUCGUGUUCCUUGGAAAGUGGAAAGGUACGUAAGAGAAGGUGACAUGCCCAGAAUCACCUUCAGUUACCAUAGUUUUGAUGGUGAAGAAGGAUUUCCCGGGGACCUCCUUGUAACUACAAGCUACAUUCUUGGGAAAAACUCAUUGAGUAUAAUUAUGAAAGCAAAAGCUCUAAACAAGCCUACUCCAGUGAAUUUAGUAAACCAUGCUUAUUGGAACCUAGGAAAUCACAAUAGUGGUAACAUUCUAGAUGAAGUGGUUCAAAUCUUUGGAUCACAGGUCACAUUAGUUGAUAGCCAACUCAUUCCCACCGGCAAAUUUGCUCCUGUUAAGGGUACCCCAUAUGAUUUCCUUAAGCCACACAUUGUUGGGACCAGGAUCAACCAGUUGAAUAAAACUAAUGGUUAUGACAUAAAUUAUGUGCUUGAUGGUAAAAAAGGCAGAGAGUUCAAGCUGGCUGCUAUAGUUAUGGAUAAGAAAUCAGGGAGAGUUAUGAAGCUCAUAACAAAUGCUCCUGGUGUGCAAUUUUAUACUGCUAAUUUCGUUGAGAAUGAAAAGGGUAAAGGAGGAUUUGUUUAUCAACCACGUUCAGCACUUUGUUUGGAGAGUCAAGCUUUCCCUGACUCAGUGAAUCACCCUAAUUUCCCAUCAACUAUUGUGACACCAGAAAAGCCUUACAAGCAUGUUAUGUUACUUAAGUUUUCCACUAAAGCUCCGUAUGCAUUUUCACAAUCCUAGGAACUAUGCCACUUUUCUAUGUAAUUGGUUGAGGGUACCAUGUCUCGAGUUACAUGCAAACUUGGGUUUAUUAAAAUUAAUAAUAAGAGAGUGUGCUCUUCAUCA